UAUAGUAUUUAGCCAUUACCGUUUUUAAAGAGGAGACACGAGGGGGCGGCUUGUUCUAGUUAGCGACUGAUUGUGGCGGGUCACCGGUAGCGGAGUCUACGAGGAUGUCUUUCCCUAAGGCUCCCCUCAAGCGGUUCAACGAGCAUGUUGGCUGUGCUCCAGCUCCAGGAUCUUACGAUGUGAAGCUUUCAGAUAGUCUUAAAGGACCAGUUUCAUUUGAAAAAUCUCAACGCUUUAGAGCAAAAAAAGGCUGUGCUCCAGCUCCAGGAUCUUACGAUGUGAAGCUUUCAGAUAGUCUUAAAGGACCAGUUUCAUUUGAAAAAUCUCAACGCUUUAGAGCAAAAAAAGGCUGUGCUCCAGCUCCAGGAUCUUACGAUGUGAAGCUUUCAGAUAGUCUUAAAGGACCAGUUUCAUUUGAAAAAUCUCAACGCUUUAGAGCAAAAAAAGGCUGUGCUCCAGCUCCAGGAUCUUACGAUGUGAAGCUUUCAGAUAGUCUUAAAGGACCAGUUUCAUUUGAAAAAUCUCAACGCUUUAGAGCAAAAAAAGGCUGUGCUCCAGCUCCAGGAUCUUACGAUGUGAAGCUUUCAGAUAGUCUUAAAGGACCAGUUUCAUUUGAAAAAUCUCAACGCUUUAGAGCAAAAAAAGGCUGUGCUCCAGCUCCAGGAUCUUACGAUGUGAAGCUUUCAGAUAGUCUUAAAGGACCAGUUUCAUUUGAAAAAUCUCAACGCUUUAGAGCAAAAAAAGGUAUGUAUCUCACAUGGCAGGUUUUCACUGAUAUUCCACAGGUGCUCAGCGUUCCACUGAUCUUUAAAGGCCAACUCUCUUAUGUUUUUAUUUGCUAGUUUAUUAGAGUUAGGCAUGUAUACCUGAGUUAGUCUGUCAGUGAUUGCCAAAAGUUCUGUAAUUACCUUAUAAUACCAGCUUUCAUUAAUGUCCUCUGUCCCUUUC